CAAACGGCACCCCAUGUCAUUAUUCGUAUAACUUGUCACCUGGAACCAAACACUCAACUCUCAUUUAACUGUGACACUUAUUYUGUAUGUUAUAACUUUAUUAUUUCAUUGUUGUUUUUCAUCGUUUUGGUCAGAAAAUUGUCUUCGGUUAAUUGGUUUUGUCUCAUUAAACAGCCUAAAGACUAAAAACGAAAACGCACCUUGACAUAUGGAUCAUUCAUUAAAACCUGCAUGGGAUUAUGAGAUUGCCCCGGGCAACCAGGGAAAGCUGAGCUGCUGGAGCGGGGAAGACCCCGGGAAAAGUGACGUCAGCUUGGGGAACUCCCCUCUCUGCAAACAACACCACGAGAGAGAGGCUGCUAGGGGAUGCGAGGGGUGGGGGGACACGGCCGGUGUCUCAGACAGCAGAGAUGGUAUCAUCUGGGAAGGUCCAAUGUGGUUCCGAGACUGUUUCCAAGAGGAGACAGGUGAGCACAGGUGAGGUAUCGCCUCCACAGCGUCAGAAAGCUCGGCUCAGAAAACAGAGGCUCAUGGCCAAACUCUGCGACUCUGGUUUCGAGGAGGAUUUGGUUUCCUCUCCUGCUCGGAGGGAAGUGUCCCUCGCUGGGUCACACGAACCGGAACCUGCAUCGGGACUGCUGUCGACCUGGUACCUUCAGUAUGGAGAUGUCGGUUUCAGGAUCCAGAAAGAGAAAGAGGCGCAGUUUCACCUCUGCCACAGCCUGGCACAGCAGCCACAGCUGACUGCAGAAGCACGCUGUAAGCUGGUCAGCUGGCUCAUCCCUGUCCACAAACAUUUCCGUUUGUCCUUUGAGUGCUGCUGCCUGACAGUGAACAUCAUGGACCGGUUCCUGAGGUCCACUCCUGUGGCUGCUGACUGCUUCCAGCUCCUUGGCGUCACCGCGCUCCUCCUGGCCUGCAAACAGGUGGAGGUGUGCUCUCCGUCCGUCAGCCAUCUCGUGUCGUUGUGCUGCGACGCUUUCACCAAGGAGCAGCUCUGCAACCUGGAGUGCCUCGUCCUCCUGCGCCUUAACUUCKGCCUGGCUGCACCCACCCUGGCCUUUUUCCUCGACUACUUCACCAACUGCCUCGAUGCCGCUCAGCUUGUCACCCACCACGACGAUAAUGUUGGUCCUUUAAGUCAGUGCAGGAAGCUUGCGCAAAGAAUGUGCGAGUUGACUUUGGCAGAUUACGCUUUUAAUAAAUACCCUCCAUCUCUGACUGCUGGUUGUGCACUGACYCUGGCCUGUGAGUUACUGAAAACUGAUGCAAGCACGCCGCUGCAGAAAGAACUGUGCUUACAGACAGUUUCUGUCCCAAACCCUCCAUGUUCUGAAGGAGAUCCUUMGGCAGCGAUGGACUUCCUGUCUCCAGAUCAGGAUAGUCUGUUGCAGGAGUGCAAAGAUAACCUGAAGCUGCUGGUGUCACUGAAUCAGGAGACUCUAGAAGUGAUGUCAAACAUGUAACGAGUGUCUUUUUUUAUUAUUCAUAGCAGAGAUGUUAAUAGGUCUUCAUAUAAUUUAAGCAGAGGUGUCAAGUAUAAGUACACUUUACUUAAGUAGAAAUUUUGUUUGUUUAAACUUUAGUGGAGUAACUAUU